CGCAAAGUGCUCUGGGAGAAUCUCUGUGUUGUUGUCUGGCACGCUGGCAGAAACGACGUCAUCUUACCACAAGAGCUCGCUGCAAGGCACCCGGUUAUAGCCGAGACCUUCCAGUUAGCUAAGAUCUAGCUAUCGCCGGUGAAGGCAGUCCCUGGGAACGGAGAGAUCUUCUAGGGGUGUCUGCAGAGAUGGGGGCUCUCUUAUCCCGGUGGAAGACCAAGCAGACCACGGUGGAAUUGCUGGAGAGCCUGGACAAGGAUAUCAAGGACCUGGAGGAGUUUCGAGCCAAAAACCAGCGUCUGCAGAAGCUGUGGGUGGGCCGCCUGCUGCUCUACUCCUCCAUGCUCUACCUGCUGGCCUGCCUCUGGGUCUACUGCUGGAACCUGCCGGAACAGUGGAGCUCAAAGCUCCUGAUGGCCCUUCCCCUCCUCACCUUCCCCAUCCUAGUGUGGUUCAUGAGGAAGCUGCUUCUUUUCCUGUUUACCAAGCGCACAGAGAGAAACAAUGACAAGCUAGAAGAUUUGAAAGUUGAGAAGAGAAAGACCUUGGAGGAGGUGAUGGAGAAGGAGACGUACAAGAACGCCAAGCUGAUCCUGGAGAGGUUUGACCCAGAGGCCAAGAAGAGAGCAGAGAUGGAGUCUACACCUGUGAGGCCUCAAAUGACGCCCAGACCAGGACAAGAGCUCCGUCAGAGAGGGGUGGCCAUGAGACUCCCUGACAUGGGGACACCCAUGACCCCCAUGCCAGGGCUGGGUCCUGGAGCUACUCCUGCGGGGCCCCCCCUCCACGCGGCCCCUGGAGGGCCCCCAGAGAGGGGCCUGUCUGCCACCCAGCAGGACCUGAUAAGGAGGCCCCCUUUCCACAUGACCCCCGGCACUUCCAUCCCCGGCAUGGGCUUCCACCCCCCCGGCCCUCCCCUUGCCAGGCCGGUGUUGCCACAGGAACGGGGUACGGUGGACCGCGUCAUAGAGUACCUAGUCGGGGACGGACCUCAGAACCGGUAUGCCCUGAUCUGUCAGCAGUGUUUUUCCCACAACGGCAUGGCUCUGAAGGAGGAGUUUGAGUACCUGGCAUUUAGGUGUGCCUACUGCUACACUCUAAACCCAGCCAGGAAGACCCGCCCCCAGGCACCCCGUCUCCCAGAGUUCAGCUUUGAGAGGAGGCUGCGCUCAGAGUCUCCCUCCCCAGGGCCCGCAGCUGGUUCUGAAGCCAACACGGAUGACAGCGCCCCCCCCUCUGGAGCUGGUGAGAGUAAGAGAAGCUGUGCUCCCCUAGCCCCUGCCCCUUGGAGUUCAGUACACUCGAGCCUCCCCCUUCUGAACCUGGAGAACUGUCAGAACCAAGAUGAGAGGGAGUGUGAGGGUCCGUCAGAGGAAGCCGAGCCCCAGGCUGAGGCCUCCUUGCUGGGAGAAGAGGAGCCGUCCCAGCUAGAGGAGCCAGAGCAGCCGGAGCCCACUGAGAGUGAGCACGGCGCCACCUGGAGGCCAGAGGAGGAACUACACCCACCCCAGCAAAACAUAGUAGAGGACCUCAGCUAAACACCCCCUUCCUGUCUGGAAGACUUCCUCUUCCUGUCUGUGCUCUGCAUAGCCUGCUUGUUGACUGGUCUUUUUACAGCUUGAAUUCAUUCAAUAUUUAAAUUCUCUUGUUGGCUAGAGAUUAUACUUUGGGCUUGUGAUUUGAUUCUGUAUUUUCUUUGUAGUUGCACUAAAAUCUUCAUAAAUGACCAAGAUUGUUCCUUUGCAAGCAUACCUUUUGGACUUGAUUACUAAGGGGGGUUUCCCUGCAUUUCUGUGUGACAAACCUCCAUUAUAUGUGGAGAUGCACUGCUCCCCCCUCCCCUGUCCACUCGUCUAUCUGAACUCAGUGUGUGUGUGUGUACGGUUCUGCACUACGCUCAUUGUGUGUGUGUGGCAGUACUGUUGUGCCUUUUGUGUAAGGAUUGCUAUGGCUACUCUUCAGCCUAGAUAAGCCCGGUGUGUGUGUGUGUGUGUUUACAUGAGGAAACUUGAAACAAGAGGACAUCAGUGUUUAAUUGUUUAUUUAUGCUUUUUAAAGGUACAGUUCACACUUCUCGUCCUCUGCCUAUGAUCUGUAAAAUAAAAUCUGGUUGUAAUGUGUCAAAGCAGCUAGACUGCCCAAUUACAGAAAACGUCCCUGUCUUUUGUGUGUGCAUGGCACGCCAAUUAAAGUUUUAAACUGAA